AUGGAUUAUCCCAGCAUCCUUCUCUCCCAGCUGGCUCUUUGCUGCUUACUUUUCCAUCUUCCUUUGCAUCAUGCUCUAUCAUUCAAUUUCUCUAAUUUUACCGAUAGCAGGCUGAUAUUAAAUGGCACUGCUGCCAUCCAAAAUGGAAUUCUAUCCCUCACCAGAGACCGCAAUAACGAUACCGCUGCCGGCCGAGCUGUAUAUUCUGAACAGCUGCAUCUUUAUGAUCCCAUUACAGGUAAUUCCACCGACUUCACUACUCAUUUUUCAUUCAAAAUAUCAACUGUUACUUCACCAGGGCAAGAUGGGCUCGCCUUCUUCCUUGCACCCAACGGUUCUCUCCUCCCGGAAUAUGCUUCAGGAGGAUGCCUUGCACUCUUUAGCCAAUGUGACAAUUUCACUAUACCAAGAAAAGAUAUGGUUGCUGUCGAGUUUGACACCUAUGAAAAUACAUGGGAUGAAACCGACAAGGAACAUGUCGGCAUCAACAUAAACUCCAUUAAAUCCGACAGGAAACAGGAUUUGAGCCGAAGUAUGAAAAAUGGAGUAAUUGUGGAUGCAAUAAUCCGCUACGACUCUAAAGCCAAUUAUUUAAGCGUAUCCUGGUCUUUCCCUGGCGACCCUUUUGUUAGCUUUUCACAUCGAGUUAACCUGACAACACUUUUACCGGAGUGGGUAUCCAUUGGCUUUGCGGCUGGAUCAGCCUAUUUCUUUGAGACUCAUGAAAUCCUUUCAUGGGAAUUUACAACGGAAUUAUGGCCGGCCGUUCCCGGCAGUACUAGUAGUACAGGAUUAAUUGUUGGUUGUGUAGUUGGUGGGUUAUUUUUAGUUUGUGGAAUUGUUUUAGUGUUGGUGUUCGUUUGGAGAAAAAGGAGUAGAGGAAAGGGAAAAGAGGGUGAAAAGAAUGGUGAUUUCAUAGAACAAGAAAUUGAACAUACAGGACCUAAGAGGUUCUCUUAUAAUGAUCUUGUUCGGGCCACAAACAACUUUGCAGAACAAGGCAAGCUUGGUGAAGGAGGUUUUGGAGGGGUUUACAAAGGUUUCUUGAGUGAGUUGCAGCAGUUUGUGGCAGUUAAAAAGGUUUCUAGACCGUCCGAUCAGGGGAAGAAGGCGUACACAACAGAGAUAAAAAUCAUUAGCAUAUUGAGACAUAAAAACAUGGUACAACUCAUUGGUUGGUGCCAUGAAAAUAGUGCUCUUCUUCUUGUCUAUGAGUUCAUGCCUAAUGGUAGCCUUGAUUUGCACCUUUUUGGAGGUAGAACACAGCUUAAGUGGGAAGUUAGGCAUAAGAUAGUCCUUGGUCUUGCGUCUGCAUUGCUUUAUUUGCAUGAAGAAUCAGGACAAUAUGUGGUGCAUAGGGAUAUCAAAUCCAGCAACAUAAUGUUGGAUUCAGAUUUCAAUGCGAAGCUUGGAGACUUUGGUCUAGCGAGGCUCAUGGAUGAAGAGGCAGGCGUGAAGACGACAGGGCUAGCUGGAACUUGGGGUUAUAUUGCACCAGAAUAUGCAAGCACGGGCAAGGCCACUAAGGGAUCAGAUGUCUUUAGCUUUGGUAUAGUGGCACUAGAAAUAGCAUGCGGAAAAAGAUCAACAGAAGCCGAGUACGAGGGUCCUCAUGUCCCAAUUGCUGGAUGGGUUUGGGAUUCGUAUGGAAAUGAAAGGCUUCAUGAAGUAGUUGACAAGACAUUGUUGGAGUUUGACAUGAAAGAUAUGGAGUGUUUGUUGAUAGUUGGACUCUGGUGCGCCAACCCGGAUCCGAGUCUGAGACCAUCCAUAAGGCAAGCCUUGCAGGUUCUCAAUUUUGAUGCACCAUUGCCAAAUCUUCCCAAGAAGAUGCCUGUUGCCAACUAUAACAUACCUGCAGCAGCGGCUGCAAGCCAUUCAGGAAGCACGGAUUCGGCGCCCAUGAUGUCUUUGUCAUCCAUUAACAUGGGACGUUAAACUCAUUUUAUCAAGGAUCGAUGUAUUUGUUUCAUAGUUGUGUGUGAAAAUCAUGCUGUGAUCUCGAUUUUUAGAUUAUAUAGAUGUUUCCAUGUAAUAAUGUCAAGUCAAUUAUGA